AUGGUCCGCUUUGGGGACGAACUGGGCGGCCGCUAUGGGGGCGCUGGUGGCGGGGAGCGGGCCCGGGGCGGUGGGGCCGGUGGAGCAGGCGCCCCGGGCCCGGGGGGACUGCAGCCCGGCCAGAGGGUCCUCUACAAGCAGUCGAUCGCGCAGCGCGCACGGACCAUGGCGCUGUACAACCCCAUCCCCGUCAAGCAGAACUGCUUCACUGUCAACCGCUCGCUCUUCAUCUUCAGCGAGGACAACAUCGUCCGCAAAUACGCCAAGCGCAUCACCGAGUGGCCUCCCUUCGAGUAUAUGAUCUUGGCCACUAUCAUCGCCAACUGCAUCGUGCUGGCCUUGGAGCAACACCUCCCUGAUGGGGACAAGACACCCAUGUCUGAGCGACUGGAUGACACGGAGCCCUACUUCAUUGGCAUCUUCUGCUUUGAGGCGGGCAUCAAGAUCAUAGCCCUGGGCUUUGUCUUCCACAAGGGCUCCUACCUGCGCAAUGGCUGGAAUGUCAUGGACUUUGUGGUGGUGCUGACUGGGAUCCUGGCCACGGCUGGCACCCACUUCGACCUGCGGACCCUUCGGGCUGUACGUGUGCUGAGGCCCCUAAAGCUGGUGUCUGGGAUUCCGAGUCUGCAGGUUGUGCUCAAGUCCAUCAUGAAGGCCAUGGUCCCACUCCUGCAGAUUGGGCUCCUCCUCUUCUUCGCCAUCCUCAUGUUCGCCAUCAUCGGCCUCGAGUUCUACAUGGGCAAAUUUCACAAGGCCUGUUUCUCCAACAAUACAGAAACACCUGUGGGAGACUUCCCCUGUGGCAAGGACCCUCCUGCACGGCUAUGUGAGGGGGACACAGAGUGCCGGGAGUACUGGCCGGGGCCCAACUUUGGCAUCACCAACUUCGACAACAUCCUUUUUGCAGUCCUGACGGUGUUCCAGUGCAUCACCAUGGAGGGCUGGACUGACAUCCUCUACAACACCAAUGAUGCAGCUGGCAACACCUGGAACUGGCUCUACUUCAUCCCUCUCAUCAUCAUUGGCUCCUUCUUCAUGCUGAACCUGGUGCUGGGCGUGCUUUCUGGAGAGUUUGCCAAGGAACGUGAGAGAGUAGAGAACCGCCGUGCCUUCUUGAAGCUCCGGCGGCAGCAGCAGAUCGAACGGGAACUCAACGGAUACUUGGAGUGGAUCUUCAAGGCUGAGGAGGUCAUGCUGGCUGAGGAGGACAGGAACGCAGAGGAGAAGUCUCCUUUAGAUGUGCUGAAGCGAGCGGCCACCAAGAAGAGCAGGAAUGACCUGAUCCAUGCCGAGGAGGGCGAGGACCGCUUUGCUGACUUGGGCGCUGUUGGAUCCCCUUUUGCCCGUGCCAGCCUCAAGAGCGGGAAGAAUGACAGUUCCUCAUACUUCCGGCGGAAGGAGAAGAUGUUCCGCUUCUUCAUCCGCCGCAUGGUGAAGGCGCAGAGCUUCUACUGGGCAGUGCUGUGUGUGGUAGCACUCAACACGCUCUGCGUGGCCAUGGUGCACUACAACCAGCCGCAGCGGCUGACUACUGCUCUGUAUUUUGCAGAGUUUGUUUUCCUGGGUCUCUUCCUCACAGAGAUGUCCCUGAAGAUGUACGGUCUAGGGCCCAGAAGUUACUUCCGGUCCUCCUUCAACUGCUUUGAUUUUGGGGUCAUUGUAGGCAGCAUUUUCGAGGUGGUCUGGGCAGCCAUCAAGCCAGGAACCUCAUUUGGAAUCAGUGUGCUUCGAGCGCUGCGGCUGCUGCGAAUCUUCAAGGUCACCAAGUACGUGAUCCUGACUGGGGAGGACUGGAAUGCAGUGAUGUAUCAUGGCAUCGAGUCACAAGGUGGGGUCAGCAAAGGCAUGUUCUCAUCCUUUUACUUCAUCGUCCUGACGCUGUUUGGAAAUUACACCCUACUCAAUGUCUUCCUGGCCAUUGCAGUGGACAACUUAGCUAAUGCUCAGGAGCUAACCAAGGAUGAAGAAGAGAUGGAAGAGGCAGCCAACCAGAAGCUUGCUCUGCAGAAGGCCAAAGAAGUGGCCGAAGUUAGUCCUAUGUCUGCUGCAAACAUCUCCAUCGCCGCCAGGCAGCAGAACUCAGCCAAGGCCCGGUCUGUGUGGGAGCAGCGGGCCAGCCAGCUUCGGCUACAGAACCUGCGGGCCAGCUGUGAGGCCCUGUACAACGAGAUGGACCCCGAGGAGCGGCUGCACUAUGCCACCACACGCCACCUGCGACCUGACAUGAAGACUCACCUGGACCGGCCUCUGGUGGUGGAACCUGGCCGGGAAGGCCCACGGGAGGGCCCUGAGCCCACUGAGCCUGCCCGGCCACCAUCUGGCCCGGCCACCGACGGCCCUGACCCUCCCCGACGACACCAUCGCCACCGUGACAAGGACAAGCCUCCCGUAGUAUCAGGUGCAGAGCAGGACAAGCCUGAGGCUCCCAAAGGCGAGAAUGGAGAGGCAGGGCCCCGAGAGGAGCGGCCCCGGCUGCAUCGCAGCCACAGCAAGGAACCCUCGGGGCCUCGGGAGGGUAGGAGUGAGCGACCCCGAGGCCCAGGCCCAGAGGGCACUGGCCGGCGCCACCAUCGGAGAGGAUCCCCCGAGGAGAUGACUGAGAAGGAACCCCGACGCCACCACACCCACCGCCAUGCAUCAGACCAGGCCCGGGAGGGCGCCGGAACCAAGGGUGAGCGGCGGACACGGCACCGUGGGGGGCCCCGGGCUGGAUCCCGAGAAGGAGAGGGCACGGAGGACCCGCCCCGGCGACACCGAGUGCGACACAAAGUGCUGUCCAAGCAUGACUCCCUGGACAAGGAGGCCGCAGACAAAGAGGGCGAGAACCUAGACAAGGACAAGGAACUCCGGAAUCACCAGCCCAAGGAUCCUCACUGUGAUGUGGAGGCCCGUGGGCUGCUGGGCUUGGGCCCUGUGCACACACUGCCCACCACCUGUCUCCAGAAGGUGGAGGAGCAGCCCGAGGAUGCGGACAAUCAGCGGAAUGUCACGCGGAUGGGCAGUCAGCCCUCCGAACCAAGCACAGCCGUGCUCAUCCCGGUGACUCUGAUGGGCCCCCCAGCGGAGACCACCAGCGUGCCCAGUGGAAACAUGGACCUGGAGAGCCAGACAGAGGGGAAGAAGGAGGCAGAUGCCAGCGACCUGACACGGGGUGGCCCCCGGCCAAUUGUCCCAUACAGCUCCAUGUUCUGUCUGAGCCCCACCAACCUGCUCCGCCGCUGCUGCCAUUACAUCGUGACUAUGCGGUACUUCGAAAUGGUCAUUCUUGUGGUCAUUGCCCUGAGCAGUGUUGCCCUGGCCGCUGAGGACCCCGUGCACACAGACUCACCCAGGAACAAUGUUCUCAAGUACAUGGAUUACAUCUUCACAGGUGUCUUCACCUUUGAGAUGGUGAUAAAGAUGAUUGACCUGGGGCUGCUGCUGCACCCUGGAGCCUACUUUCGGGACCUGUGGAACAUCUUGGACUUCAUUGUGGUCAGUGGUGCCCUGGUGGCAUUUGCUUUCUCAGGAUCCAAAGGGAAAGACAUCAACACCAUCAAGUCCCUACGAGUUCUCCGCGUCCUGCGACCCCUUAAGACUAUCAAGCGGCUGCCCAAACUCAAGGCCGUGUUUGACUGCGUGGUGAACUCCCUCAAGAACGUCCUCAACAUCCUGGUGGUGUACGUGCUCUUCAUGUUCAUCUUUGCCGUCAUCGCUGUGCAGCUCUUUAAGGGGAAGUUCUUCUACUGCACUGACGAGUCCAAGGAGCUGGAAAGGGACUGCAGGGGACAGUAUUUGGAUUAUGAGAAAGUGGAAGUGGAAGCUCAACCACGGCAGUGGAAAAAAUAUGACUUUCACUAUGACAACGUGCUCUGGGCUCUGCUAACCCUGUUCACUGUGUCCACAGGAGAAGGGUGGCCCAUGGUGCUGAAACACUCGGUGGAUGCUACCUAUGAGGAGCAGGGCCCGAGCCCUGGGUAUCGCAUGGAGCUCUCCAUCUUCUACGUGGUCUACUUUGUGGUCUUCCCCUUCUUCUUUGUCAACAUCUUUGUGGCUUUGAUCAUCAUCACAUUCCAGGAACAAGGGGACAAGGUCAUGUCUGAGUGCAGUCUGGAGAAGAACGAGAGGGCCUGCAUCGACUUUGCCAUCAGCGCCAAGCCCCUGACGCGGUACAUGCCUCAGAACAAGCAGUCAUUCCAGUACAAGACCUGGACGUUUGUGGUGUCUCCGCCCUUUGAGUACUUCAUCAUGGCCAUGAUCGCCCUCAACACUGCCGUGCUGAUGAUGAAGUUUUAUGCUGCCCCGUAUGAGUACGAACUGAUGUUGAAGUGCUUGAAUAUAGUGUUCACAUCCAUGUUCUCUAUGGAGUGCGUGCUGAAGAUCAUCGCCUUUGGGGUGCUGAACUAUUUCAGAGAUGCCUGGAACGUCUUUGACUUUGUCACUGUGUUGGGAAGUAUUACUGAUAUUUUAGUAACAGAGAUUGCGGAAACGAACAACUUCAUUAACCUCAGCUUCCUCCGCCUCUUCCGUGCCGCCCGGCUCAUCAAGCUUCUCCGCCAGGGCUACACCAUCCGCAUUCUGCUGUGGACUUUCGUCCAGUCCUUCAAGGCUCUGCCCUACGUGUGUCUGCUCAUUGCCAUGCUCUUCUUCAUCUACGCCAUCAUUGGAAUGCAGGUUUUUGGAAACAUCGCCCUGGAUGAUGACACAAGCAUUAACCGACACAAUAACUUCCGGACAUUUCUACAGGCCCUGAUGCUGCUAUUCAGGAGUGCCACAGGGGAAGCCUGGCACGAGAUCAUGCUGUCUUGUCUAAGCAACCGGGCCUGUGAUGAGCACGCCAAUGCCCGUGAGUGUGGAAGUGACUUUGCCUACUUUUACUUCGUCUCCUUCAUCUUCCUUUGUUCUUUUCUGAUGUUGAACCUCUUUGUGGCUGUGAUCAUGGACAAUUUUGAAUACCUUACGCGGGACUCUUCCAUCCUAGGGCCGCACCACCUGGACGAGUUCAUCAGGGUCUGGGCUGAGUACGACCCAGCCGCCUGUGGGCGCAUCAGUUACAAUGACAUGUUUGAGAUGCUGAAGCACAUGUCCCCACCUCUGGGCCUGGGGAAGAAAUGCCCCGCUCGCGUUGCGUAUAAGCGCCUGGUACGCAUGAACAUGCCCAUCUCAAAUGAGGACAUGACGGUCCACUUCACAUCCACCUUGAUGGCUCUCAUCCGAACUGCCCUGGAGAUCAAGCUGGCUCCAGCGGGGACCAAGCAGCACCAGUGUGAUGCUGAACUGAGGAAGGAAAUUGCUUCUGUGUGGGCCACCUUACCCCAGAAGACCCUGGACUUGCUGGUGCCCCCCCAUAAACCCGAUGAGAUGACAGUGGGGAAAGUCUACGCAGCUUUGAUGAUAUUUGACUUCUACAAACAGAACAAAACCACCAGAGACCAGAUCCACCAAACUCCUGGAGGCCUGUCCCAGAUGGGCCCUGUGUCCCUGUUCCACCCUUUGAAAGCCACCCUGGAGCAGACACAGCCAGCUGUGCUUCGAGGAGCCAGAGUCUUCCUUCGGCAGAAGAGCUCUGCCUCCCUCAGCAAUGGGGGUGCUGUGCAGACACAAGGAGGUGGCCUCAAAGAGUCCGUCUCCUGGGGCACUCACCGGACCCAGGGGCUGACUUCUGAGGCUCGGACAUCCCUGGAGCGGGGCCACUCUGCAGAAAUUCCUGUGGUCGAGCCAGGAAAACCAGCUGUGGAUGUACAGAUGCAGAACAUGGCUCUGAGUGGCCCCACCAGGGAGCCCCAGGUGGGGCUGGAGAGUCAGGGCCGAGCAGCCUCCAUGCCCCGCCUCGCAGCUGAGACACAGGGCGCCCCAGACUCCAGUCCCAUGAAACGCUCCAUCUCCACCCUGGCCCCCCAGCGUCCCCCUGGGACUCUGCUCUGCAACACCACCCUGGACCGAGCCCCGGUCAGCCAAACUGCACACCACCAUCACCACCGCUGCCACCGGCGACGGGAAAGGAAGCAGAAGUCCCUGGACAAGGGACCCAGCCUGCCUUCAGACCCCGAUGGUGUGUGGAGUUCUGCCCUAGGUGGUGGGGUCCCCCCAGGCAGCUCAGUGGGGCCCAACCGAGAGCGCAGGCAGGAGCGGGGGCGGUCCCAGGAACGCAGACAGCACUCUUCCUCAUCCUCUGAGAAGCAGCGUUUCUACUCUUGUGACCGCUUCGGCAGCAGGGAGCCCGCGCCACCCAGACCCCCACUCGGUAGCCAGCCCACAUCACCCACUGCUGCACCGGAGCCAGGGUCCCACAGGCAGGGCUGUGGUUCAGUUAAUGGGAGCCCCUUGCUGUCAACAUCUGGUGCUAGCACCCCAGGCCGAGGUGGGCGGAGGCAACUCCCUCAGACCCCCCUGACCCCUCGACCCAGCAUCACCUACAAGACAGCCAACUCGUCACCUGUUCACUUCACUGGAGUCCAGACCAGCGUCCCUGCCUUCUCCCCCGGCCGGCUCAGCCGCGGCCUUUCCGAGCACAACGCACUGCUCCAGAGAGACACCCUCAGCCAGCCCCUGGCACCCAGCUCCCGGACUGGCUCCGACCCCUACCUGGGGCAGCGUCUGGACAGUGAGGUUCCCCGAUCCCCACCCGAGGACACACUCACCUUUGAGGAGGCCGUAGCCACCAACUCGGGCCGCUCCUCCAGAACUUCCUAUGUGUCCUCCAUGACCUCCCAGCCUCAUCCUCUCCGUCGUGUGCCCAACGGCUACCACUGCACGUUGGGCCUCAGCACGGGCCCUACACCUGGAGGCCGGGUGCGGCACAGCUACCACCAUCCCGACCAAGACGACUGGUGCUAG